AUGACGCGGUUUUAUUAUCUUUUGUGCCUUUUCGCUUUGAGCAGCAACAUUGUAUCCGCUUCGUUCACGCAUUUGCGUUCAUUGGAUUUGUCACAAUUGCAACAACAACAGCAGCAACAACAAGAACAAGACUCACGUGAACAAUCGACGGAUUCAUCAGAUAUCGGAAAUGAAAUUGGCGCUUCAAUAACCUCAUCCGAAGAUUACGAUAGCCACCCACAGUAUAGUUUUGCAUAUGAUGUAAGGGAUACACUGACCGGAGAUGAAAAACAACAAGAAGAGAAACGUGACGGUGAUGUUGUGCAAGGCCAGUAUUCACUUGUUGAACCCGAUGGCACACGUCGCAUAGUCGAUUACACUGCUGAUGAUAUAAAUGGUUUUAAUGCUAUUGUCUCGAAACAACUGAUUGAUGCGCGUUUGCGUACAGCGAUCGGUGCUGCAAGCGGCACUUCAUCAUCAUCCCGGUACAACAGCGUCGAAGCAUUGCAAUCUCAAAUAACUUCACAAUCAAUAGCCGAAGCUCAAGCACAAAGCAAUGCCUACGCUGAAGCGCAAGCACUGGCCGAAGCUCAGUUGCAAGCUCAAGCCAAAGCACAUGCUGAAACAAUGGCACAAGUACAAUCCCAAGCUGAGAGUCAAGCACGCGCACAAGCCGAAGCACAAGCACGCGUACAAGCACAACAACUAAUGGAGCAAUUCCAACAACAAUACAAACAACAACAGGAACAACAACAGCAGCAGCAACAACAGCAACAACAAUUGCAGCAAUUACAACGCAGCCAACAGCAAUUAUUGCGUACACAAACACAACAAUCACAGGAACGUCUCAGCAAUGAACAAGCUCUGCUAUUAGCACAAUCAUUGCCCAGCAAAACAUUGGGUCAUAGUGUACAUGCCACAGUCGUCUCGCAUCCACCAACACUCUUAGCUCGUCAAACUACCGGUACUGUUUUCACACAGGCUCAUGAUCUAUCUGCGCUGAAGGAAUUGCGCGAUAGUGGCUCUGCACGUAUUACCACCAUUGAACGUACCGCUCAACCACAGCUCGUACUCACACAACCCGCCAGUGCCACAGUUCAAGCACAAGUUAUACAUUCACCUUUAUUGCUAGAGGCUGCUGCUGGCUUGGGUAGUCUUCGCGGCUCAGUGAUCUCAACGAAAAUUGCUAAUGGCUUACGAGGCAAUGGCAUCCUUCUAGCUGGUGCAGGUCGUCUUACCGCAUUGCCUACGUCCACCGAAAUUUUGGGUGAUUAUGACAGUAUCGAAAGUACAUUGUCACGUCAGAGCAAUUUAAGAUUACUAUCAAAUGGUAACGGAAAUGGUAACGGAAAUGGUAAUGGCAACGGCAAUGGCAACGGCAAUGGUAAUGGUAACGGUAAUAAUGGCAAUAACGGCAACGGUAACGGUAACGGAAACGGUUACACCUACGAAGUAAGCAAUGGCAACUCAGACAGUCGCAAUGGCAACGAUAGAAACGGAUUAAGAAAUGGCAAUCGUCGUCUACAACAGCAAUGGUAAGCUGAACUUCCUAAGCAACCCAGUUUGUUUACCCACCAAACAAAAUGUUAGAAAGGACGAAAGCUUACAACGAAAACCUUAGUUAUAAGUUAGAAUUCUAGCGAUGCUAGGCACUAUGGCAACGAAACACAGCUAAUCGUAUAAAGGACAACGAAUUUACGAAUUAACGAAUUCACGAAUUUACAUAAAAAUUAGAAACAUUAAUUAAUUAGAAUUUUUAUUUAACGAAAAACUAAUAUAACAGAUAGGAAUCAACUAACAUAUUUUAGUACUAACAAGCAAUUAUACAUAUUACUCAGUUAUAUUAACAAGGAUAUCAGCUAACUACACUAACUACAAUAACUUGGGGAUUUCGGGGUUUUAAUAUUAGUAGAGUUCUGUUUUUUGUGAUCAUUUUCCAAGCCUCAGUUGAAGUCUUCGUACAUUUGCGAAGUGCAAUUCCGGAAGAUGUGUAUUUUACGCUUAGACUCAUUUACAUCAACUCACAAACUAACACAGCUACAUCCAUACACUAACACAAACAAACAAACAUUUUGCUUAUGUUUUAUUUUAAUUUAUUCGAUUUUUUUUUUUUUGUAUUUUACUAACAAAUUAUUUUGUUAAAAGUUUCAGUAUAUUUUCGUAGUAAGAGUUUUGUUUAUUUAUAUAUACUUGCAUUUAUGUAAAAACCAAAAUAUUCAAAGUAUUUAAGAAAUAAAGCAAAUGAAGUU